CUGUAUAUUUAUUAAUCGAAAGCCAAUAUUGCUAUAAACUACUUUAAAAGUAGAGAAAGGGGAACUUUACACUGUUCACAGUCUGGGCGGCCAUGUUGCUGUGACGUCACUCUGUGGCCGGCUAGGGAACUGGUGGUGCGUGAGUAAUUAAUGUGUGUAAACCCCGCCCUGUUUUAUAAUUCCCCAAAUCCAAUAUGAGGGUUUCUACCGAUCUGGCAACUCUGCGGAGCUUCAUCCCAGCUCGAAUUCCUCUGCGGUGCGAGAGCAGGAGCAUCUCAGAGCUGAGUGGACAGGCUGGGAGAGGAGCUCCAUGUAUAGCUGAUACAGCUGAGAACGUUGUGACCAUGUGGAAGAAAGCAGUAGUGUUUGUGCUCCAUCUGUCCUGCAUCCUGCAUCAGGUGAGCGCUGUUCAGAGAGAGGAGCUUUUCCCCUACGGGACUCUGAACGGGGAUUGGACUCUGCAGGAAGGAGAUGAUGAAACUUCAGAGGUGAUGUCUCUGAGCAGACCCAUGCACUUCUACGACACCUCGUUCAGCAAGUUAUAUGUGGCCACCAACGGCAUCAUCUCACCUCAUGACCUUCCUAUGGAGAAGCAGUACGUCGAUGACGGUUUCCCCACCGAAUUCCCAGUAAUCGCACCCUUCCUCGCUGACAUAGACACCAGUAACGGAAAAGGAGCAAUCUACUAUCGGCAGACCGAAUCCCCUGGCGUCCUGAAUCGAAUAGCUGCUGAGGUCCGGAAAGGGUUUCCAGACACUCAAUUUACACCAACUCACGCCAUCAUCGCCACGUGGGAAAACGUAGCUGCUUACACAGCGGUCACACGCACCUCCGAGUCAUCCAGAGAGGUUAACACAUUCCAGGCGGUGGUUGCUUACGACGAGGAGAACACCUACGCGCUUUUCCUUUACCCGGAGGAUGGACUGCAGUUCUUUGGAACGCGUCCUAAAGAGAUGUUCAACGUGGAGAUCGAGCUGCCUGCGCGGGUCGGCUUCACCAGGGGAGAAAUCCCGUAUCUUUUCUUCACACGCACCGAGGGACCUUACUUCAGCCUCACCAACAAAGAGCAGUCUGUCAAGAACCUGUACCAGACGGGUAACACCGGCGUGCCUGGCGUUUGGCUCUUCCACAUCGGAAACGCGAACACGUUCGAUAAUGUAAUUCCAGCAGAAGCUCCGGGUCAUUUACCCACCACGGUCCCAAAGAACCAAGCGCUCGAGUUCCAGACCACCCCCGAGUACCCUACAGAAGAGUACGACAACGCCAACGAGUCUUUCGACGAAGAGACAGAAUACAACAUUGAUCCAGAUUUCCAGAAUCCAGAUGCUACAGAAUUCCCUCAGGCGGGCCGCGAUGCGUCUCUGCUGAGCGGUCUGCACCAGGAAGCUGACUCAAAUCUGUCCCCACUUGACCCCGACGAUGGGGAUGGAACUCUCAGCCCUGACCACACUGCUCAGACAAAUGUUUCUCCGGAUGAAAUCGUGGAGUCCGUGCAUCCGUUCCCAAAGCACACUCUUCUGGGAGCGUAUCCCAUCCGCCCUGAAGGUGAAGUGGUUACCGUGGAAGAAAACAUAAACGUGAACUCUGAAGUGAUUCAUUAUUCCACUGAAAACAAGGAGACUUGUGAUCGUUUCCAGCAGACCUGCAGCCAGAACGCUUACUGCACCAAUUUCCCAUCAGGCUACUGCUGCCACUGCCAUCCCGGUUUCUACGGAAAUGGACGCUAUUGUCUUCCUGAUGGUGCUCCUCAACGUGUGAAUGGAAAGGUCAAUGGGAUGGUUUCUGUGGGUUCGACGCCAGUGAGACUGGACAGCAACGACCUCCAUGCUUACAUCGUAGUGGGUGAUGGUCGAGCAUACACGGCCAUCAGUGAAGUCCCAGAACCUUUGGGGUGGGCCCUAAUGCCGGUCACGCCCAUCGGUGGACUUUUUGGGUGGCUCUUUGCCCUCAAGCUUCCCAACAGCCAUAAUGGCUUCAGCAUCACUGGUGCUGAGUUUAUUCGCCAUGCCGAUGUGACCUUUUACCCCGGCAACCAACGACUCACGAUCGUUCAGAGCGCCAGGGGGUUGGACAGCCAGAACUACCUGAAUGUGGAAACUCAUCUGGAGGGCAGUGUGCCGUUCGUGCCCCCUGGUGCCAGCAUUCAGAUGGAGCCUUUUUCAGAGACCUACCAGUAUUACCCCUCAUUGAUCACGUCCAACUCGGUACGGGAGUUUACAAUCGUGUCCACGCAGAGUGGAGCAGAAAAAUUCACCUUCCGGCUGAGACAGAACAUCACGUACAGGGACUGCAGUCACACACCGCACGCUGGAGCUGAGACGCUGCAGCUCAACGUCGAGCGCAUGUUUGCCAUGUACGUCAAAGAAGAGCGCGUUCUCAGAUACGCCAUCACCAACAAGAUCGGCCAUCUUGGAGCUUACAUCCCGGACCCUGUGCAGGUGAACCCCUGCUACUCGGGAAGCCAUGACUGUGACACCACAGCACAGUGUGUGCCAGGAGAAGGACAGCACUAUGCCUGUGUGUGUGCUACCGGAUACACCGGAGACGGACGCAACUGCUAUGAUGUGGACGAGUGUGCUGAAGGUCUGAGCUCCUGUGGGAGUCACGCUCAGUGUGUGAAUUUGCCUGGAAGUCACAGCUGCCGGUGCCAGAGCGGCUUUGAGUACGGCCAUGACAGUCACACCUGUAUAGAUGUUGAUGAGUGCCGGAGGCAUCCGUGCCACCCCCAUGCUUCCUGCGCCAACACCGUGGGCUCCUUCCGCUGCCGAUGCCAGCCUGGAUUCCAUGGCGAUGGCUUCCAAUGUCACCGACAGCACAUCGAUGACGUGCGUCCUAAGACUCCGUGUGAGCAGCACAGAGACAGCGCACUGAGUGGAGUGGACCAGAGUGGCGUGGGAGCAUUCGUGCCUCAGUGUGACGAGGAGGGUCGCUACAGGUCUCAGCAGUGCCAUGGCUCUACAGGACACUGCUGGUGCGUGGACAGUAGGGGGCGGGAGAGAGCGGGAACCCGCACCCUACCUGGCACCCCACCUGUCGACUGUGACGCUCCAGACCGUCCUAAGACUCAGUGUGAGCAUCAUAGAGACAGUGUGCGGGAUGGAGCAGUGGUGGGAGCGUUCAUCCCUCAGUGCGACGAAGAGGGUCACUACAGGCCUCUACAGUGCCACGGUUCUACAGGACACUGCUGGUGUGUGGACAGUAGGGGGCAGGAGAGAGUGGGCACCCGUACCCCGACUGGUACCCCACCUACCAACUGUGAUGCUCCAGAGCGUCCUAAGACUGAAUGUGAGCAGCAAAGACACAACGCUCAGCAUGGAGCAGAUGGUGUGCCUGUGCUGGGAGCCUUCAUCCCUGAGUGUGACGAGGAGGGUCGCUACAGGUCUCAACAGUGCCAUGGUUCGACAGGACAUUGCUGGUGCGUGGACAGUAGGGGGCAGGAAAGAGCAGGCACCCGCACCGCACCUGGUACCCCACCUGCCGACUGUGACGCUCCAGAACGCCCUAAGACUCAGUGUGAGCGGCACAGAGACAACAUUCAGAACAGACCUGGUGGUUUACAGCCGGUGGGAGGGUUCACCCCUGAGUGUGACGAGAAGGGUCGCUACAGGUCUCUACAGUGCCAUGGCUCGACAGGAUACUGCUGGUGUGUGGACAGUAGGGGGCAGGAAAGAGCAGGCACCCGCACCGCACCUGGUACCCCACAUGCCAACUGUGAUGCUCUAGAACGUCCCAAGACUCAGUGUGAGCAGCACAGGGACCGCUUACAGGAAAGAGCAGACGGAUUGCCCUUGGUAGGAGUUUUCACCCCUGAGUGUGACGAGGAGGGUCGCUACAGGUCUCUACAGUGCCAUGGCUCGACAGGAUACUGCUGGUGUGUGGACAGUAGGGGGCAGGAAAGAGCAGGCACCCGCACCGCACCUGGUACCCCACAUGCCAACUGUGAUGCUCCAGAACGUCCCAAGACUCAGUGUGAGCAGCACAGGGACCGCUUACAGGAAAGAGCAGACGGAUUGCCCUUGGUAGGAGUUUUCAUCCCUCAGUGUGACGAGGAGGGUCGCUACAGGUCUCUACAGUGUCAUGGCUCUUCUGGACAUUGCUGGUGCGUGGACAGUAGGGGGCAGGAAAGAGCAGGCACCCGCACGCCGCCUGGUACCCCAUCUGCCGACUGUGAUGCUCCAGUUCAUCUAGAACGUCCCAAGACUCAGUGUGAGCAGCACAGAGACCGCUUACAUGACAGAGGGGAUAGUUUACCUGUGCCGGGAGCCUUCGUCCCUCGGUGUGACGACGAGGGCCGUUACGAGUCGUUACAGUGCCAUGGCUCUACAGGACACUGCUGGUGUGUGGACAGUAGGGGGCAGGAGAGAGAGGGUACCCGUACCCCACCUGGUACCCCACAUGCCAACUGUGACGCUCCAGAACGUCCCAAGACUCCGUGUGAACAGCGCAGAGACGGAGCACAGAGAUCAGCAGAUGGGUUGCCUGUUGCGGGAUCCUUCGUCCCUCAGUGUGACGAGGAGGGUCACUACAGGCCUCGGCAGUGCCAUGGCUCUACAGGACACUGCUGGUGUGUGGACAGUAGGGGGCAGGAGAGAGCGGGCACUCGUACCCCACCUGGUACCCCUCCUGCCAACUGUGACGCUCCAGUAGUGGCAGUCCCUACGCAGCGCCCGGAGACGGUGUGCGAGCGCUGGCGGGCCAGUCUGAUGGAGCACUACGGAGGUCGUCCAGGCCCGGAGCAUUUUCUUCCCCAGUGUGACGCAUCAGGCGAGUUCACCCCGGUGCAGUGUUACGGCGAGAGCAGUUACUGCUGGUGUGUGGACAAAGAUGGCCGAGAAGUUCCCGGGACGCGCUCGCACGACAAGGUCAAACCUGCCUGUAUACCGACUGUGCCCCCGACCACCAUGCGUCCGUUGCCCCGCCCAGAUGUGACCCCUCCCCCAUCAGGAACUACUUUGCUCUAUGCGCAAGGCCAACAGAUUGGAGCACUUCCGCUGAACGGCACGCGCAUGGACAAGGACAGAUCCUCGGUGCUUCUCGCCCUGCAUGGGUCCAUAGUGGUUGGUAUUGACUACGACUGCAGAGAGCGGAAGGUUUAUUGGACCGAUCUCGCCGGAAGAAUGAUCAGCAGAGCCGCUCUGGAGCCUGGAUCAGAACCUGAGAUCCUUAUUAACACCGGCCUCAUGAGCCCAGAGGGUUUAGCCGUGGACGUAGCACGUCGGAGGAUGUUCUGGGUGGACAGCAUGCCGGAUAAAAUCGAGUCAGCCAAACUGGACGGAAGCGACCGGCGUGUUCUGUUCAACACGGAUUUGGUUAAUCCGAGAGCCAUCAUAGUGGACUCUCUCUCAGGAACUCUGUACUGGACCGACUGGAACCGGGAAGCCCCGAAAAUUGAGAGCUCCACCGUGGAAGGACAGAACAGGAGGGUGCUAGUGCGGGACGGCAUCGGGCUCCCGAAUGCUCUGACGGUUGACCCCACAACACGUCGGAUCUGCUGGGCUGACGCAGGGACGAAGCGUCUGGAGUGUAUCGCGCCGGAUGGGACGGACCGACGCGUGAUUCACAGCAACCUGAACUACCCGUUCAGCAUGGUGUUUUACGCCAAUCACUUCUACUACACAGACUGGAGGAGGGAUGGAGUCAUCGGUUUAAGUCGAGACUCGAGCCAUUUUACAGACGAGUAUCUGCCUGAUCAGCGUUCACAUCUGUACGGCAUCACUGUCGCCUCCUCCAGCUGUUUAUAGGGGAGGACGUAAUAACAGAGCCACUGUUACAUGGUGCUAUUUUUUCGGGGAUGUUUUUUUUUUGGUGUAGCGUUCACACAUUGGGAAAGAGCGCUUCUGUCAGCCGUCGCCAAAGCCACUGCGUCUUUAUAAACCUCCCCCACACCCACCCCACCCAAAGAAAAAAGGUGACUCUUCUCCCUGUUUAGUUUUGUACAUUUGUUUUAUACCUCAUUUCUUUCUACUGUAUUUUGUAUGUUUUUUUUAAAAUAAAUAAAAGAAAGCCAAAGAG